AGGAACCAGUACUGGAGGUCCCCCCCGAACUGGUGGCAGGAGAAGAGGUAGAACUCCGAUGUCGCGUCCCCGAUAACUGUCCCCAACUCCGACCCCGGGUGGGUUGGGAAGGGACCGAGGAGCUUCCGGAAGCAUCCCAACGGGAAUUACGAGAGGACGCAGCCGGCGCCGGCACCAUCUUGGCUCUUCUACGAUUUCGACCCCGUCGAGAAGAUGGCGGCCGGCGCUUGGGUUGUAAGGUGGCUUUCGCCAACAGCACCCUGGCUUUCGAGGCCACCGUCGCCCUCGACGUUCAAUUCCCCCCCAUCCUUCUCCCCGAUUCCCGCUGCACCCCGGGGGGGGAUGGGGCCCGGUGCGUCUGUUCGGCCUCCGCCAUCCCCGAACCGGCCGUGACCUUUGACCUCCCAUCCCGUAACGUCACCGUCACCGAGGGUCACCGCGAUUACACCGUCACCACGCCGGGACAGGGUACGGGGGGGGUCGUCACCGUCACCGGUAUCCUCACGCUUCGGGGGACACUCGACCCCCGCUUAGCCGUACUUUGCUCCGCCCACAACCCCCACGGCAGCGUCCGGCAACAAUUACGCUUCCAUCAUCCCGGAACCGCCUGUCGCCUUGUCACCCAUCUGGGUGUCACCGUCGCUUGUCACCGUGUCACCCAUCCGGGUGUCACCGUCACCUGGUGUCACCUGCUGGGGACGGUUCGGCCCCCCCCCCCAAAACCGGGCCGGGGCCCCCCCGAGGAACCCCCCGAAUACGCCGAGAUCCGCGUCAAGUGA